UGUUUGAUGAUUAGAUAGUAACCGCCAAUAAAUACCUACCCGCAAUCCAAUGAUUUUCAGUUACUUUGAACACGAAAGAAGUAGCAAUCCAAAAUGGCAAUCCUUACCUAUGUUUACAUAUUUGCGGUGCUCUUCAUCGCCAACUCGAUGCAAGCUUACGUGCCCUGCGACGGUCAACCAGCCCCAACGAAUGUGAAGAUUUUAGGUUGCGAUAGUCUGCCUUGCAAUUUGGUUAGAGGAACUAAUGUUGAGGCUAACGUUGACUUUAAAGCUGUUGCAAACACGAAAACUCUGAAACCCGUAGUAGAUGUUGACCUAGGAAAUAGCCAUAUGCAAUACCCACUCCCAGAACAAAACGCUUGCAAGAAUUUGGUGAACGGACAAUGCCCAUUGCAAACUGGACAAGCAGCUACUUAUUACCUUAAAAUGCCAGUUUUGAAAGCCUAUCCAAAAGUCGCUCUGACCAUCCAAUUAUCUCUUGUUGAUGAAAAUAACAAUUCUCAAGUAUGCUUCAAGAUCCCAGCUAAGGUUGUCGACUAAAAUUUAAAAUAUGGUUACGAUUUUACAAUAUGAUUGUAUUAUUUAUGAAUUAUUAUAAUAAAAUAUUAAAUAAGUAAAAUAAUAA